AUGGCUCAUACACUCGAAAUCUAUUUUAAAACUAUUGAAAAUUUUAAUGUUGAUUUUGCUGCACUCAAAAAGAAGCAUUUUAUUCAUGGAGAUCUUACUGUUACCCUAAACAAUAUUAACAAUAUUAAGGUUGCAAAUGACACUCAAAAUGUUUCAGAACUUAUGGAUAUAAACC